AGGAAAGGUAAUCAAAUUACUGUUAACCGUUACUAGGAGAACUCCCACCGCCAGGAUAACAGAUCGUGAUCCUAUUGGUAGGUACUUGUUUAGAAGCAGCCAAUCAGAGGGUAGGGAGCGCGGACUGAAGCGGUUCAUAGGAGUGGUGCUCGGUGUGUGUGCCUCAGAGGAAACUUGGAUGUGUUCAGUGUGACGCUCAUUCAUCCACUCAAUUAACAGCUCAUUACAAGUCUAUCAAGAGCGUGGACUGCGUGUUUGUCUCCGUGGGAUUCGACGUUCAGGCACACUGCUGUGAAACUUGGACAACUUGUGGAGACAUAAACUGGGUGUAAAGACAGCCGGCGGAGGAUUCGGGCAGACAUGUCAGACAACGCCGGUUGCGAGUUUGAAAUCGACGUGGAGGGCCUGGAGACGGAGAGCGAUGACUUGGCGGACUCCUCCAGCCGCCCCGGCUCGGCUCCGCUCGGCCCCACGGCCUCUGAGGACGACGGAGACGGCAGUAGAAGUGACGACAAGCCGGGCUCCAGCGGCCUGUGUACGGGGGACCAGAGGAAGCUGAGCCGGACACCGAAGUGCGCUCGGUGUCGCAACCACGGAGUGGUGUCCUGUCUGAAGGGACACAAGCGCUUCUGCCGCUGGAGGGACUGCCAAUGCGCCAACUGCCUGCUGGUGGUGGAGAGACAGCGGGUGAUGGCGGCGCAGGUGGCCCUGAGAAGGCAACAAGCCACGGAGGAUAAGAAAGGAAUACCUGGGAAACAGAUUCCAGCAGAGCGAAGGACGAUAUAUCAGCGACAUAUUCGACCGUCUACCAUGCUCGCCAAAAGCAUCCUCGAAGGAUACCGUCCGGUACAGUCUGAUCCAUUCCUGGCGGCCAACCCAUCCCUGCCCCCACCACUGAGCGAUCGCAUGAGGAAAAGAAGGGCCUUUGCCGACAAGGAGCUGGAAACCAUCAUGCUGGAGCGGGAGUAUAAAGAACGAGAGAUGCUGGAGAACAGCCAGGCAGCCACAGCUUCACUCCUCUUCCCAAACAACAUGGUGCACCAUGCCGCAGAAUACAAUUACAAGACGGCCUACUCGCCGGCGGCUCAGGUUGAGCCGCAGCCCAAGGAGCUAUGCAACUUCCUCAGCCCUAACUGCCUGGAUCUGUCCAUGCAGUACCCUGCCGGCUCAGCCAAUGUCGAGCUUAUCUCCUCCAACGUCAGCGUGGCCACCACCUACCGCCACUACCCCCUGCAACCAUCACGAAGUGGCUUCAUGAUGUGGCCCCGCAGUGCAGCCAACCUUGGUGACGCCCUGCUCUACCAGCAGUGCCUGUUCAAUGCCACAGCGGUGCAGAACAUGAAGCCAGGUGCUGUGUGGGAGCCCAAGGUGAUGCCUGCCGAGAGCCAGCCACCAGAGCAGGAGGCUGCGGCUGCUCUUGCUGCUAAACUGGAAGGAUCCCGAGUAGCUGCGCUGCAGGACUCAUCAGACCCUCAACGGGCUGAUCCCAAGCCCUCUAGUGUCACCCAGGGAGGGCAGAGGGAGUGCUCAGCCUUCUCUCCACCUAAGAGGAGCUUUGGACAAUCCUUUCCCAACAAUACUCAUUCCCAAAACUCCAGCCAAGUCCUGAACAAGCUGAGCAAGGACAGCGCUAAGCUUUCCAUGAAACUCAACUCCUUUCACUCACUCAUCCAGCACUCGCUGAGCGAAAAAAACAGCGGCAUGGUCGUUCCGGAGCUCAGGGCUCCAUACUGCAAAGAGCUCUUAGAGGAGGCCGCACGCAAGUUUAGGGAGGGCUCCGCAAAGGACAUCCAGGCCGUUAAAAUCACUGACAGGUACGCCAAAGACUUUCUGUCCAAGCCCGUGGGGACCAAGAUGUCGUCCAGUGAGUCUUUGUCUUUCUCUGUGGAAGCCAUACUGAAGAGACCCACACCUGCUAUGAGUCGAGCAUUCCAUUAAUUUCCAAGUGUGUUUUCUUGCACUAUAAAUGUCAGGUUUGUCUCAGUUAGACGGCAUCUCGAGUUUUGGUUUUGGGGUCAAACAAAAUCUUAAACACACAGGCACUGCAUCAGAAAUAAGACCAGCUAGAAAUUAUUUCUUUUUCUCAUUGUAAUAUUUAUGUACAGUAUAUUAUAUUUUACAUGUGCAUGUUUAAUAACUUUAUUGUGUAGAGUAUUUAAACAUUAUCCCGAUGUUUUCCUCAUGUCAAUAAACUUUAUAAGA